AUGGAUGAUGAUUUUGUUACUACUACGACUUCUACUGAUACUGAUUUGGUUACAACGAAGGAGUUUACUAUCGCAACGGACAAAAUAACUUCCAAUUCAACUGAAGCAACUAUAAAGAAACCAACUUUGAAAGGUGAAGAUGUAUUUACAGAAGCUUGUGUGAAAACUUGGCAAGGAUCUCGUAUCAAGGCAUGGGAAGGUCGUUACUUGAACCCUGAAGGAUAUUAUUACCGAUUUGUUAUUCCAGGUGAAGGACAACAAAAUGGUGGAUGGUCAAGUAAAGAACAUACAUUAUUCAUGAAUCGUUAUCAAGAGUGGAUAUCACAUGGAUGGAAAAUUGGUGCUUCUUGGGGACUAUUUAGUAAAGGUAUUCCUCAUCGUGUCGGAUAUCAAUGUAUGAACUAUUAUCGAAAACUCUUGGAAAAGAAAACUUUAAAGGAUGAUUCCUAUGAAAUUGUGGAUGGCAAAUUGAAACAAACACGAAAAGACAAGGCUCCUCCAGGUGAUGUGCCAGACACUGAUCUUGGUCCUGAAUGGGAUCACGAAGAUGUCAAGGAAGUCGAAAAGAAUGUCAAUUUAUGGUUAAAACAAUAUCACCAACGAUCCGGAUGGUAA